AAUUGUAUAAAUACAUGCAGCAGAGACACCUGCAAGCAGGAUCAGUUCAAGAUGAAGAUCUCUGUGGCUGCCAUAACUUUGUUUUUCCUCUAUGCAGGUGUGGCUGAAAUCACAGCUCAUCCGAUAGGAGAUAGAGAUGGUGUCACCAUUCAGUCAAAUGGUGGCGCAGCUGAAGCCCAGAAAACCAUCAGGCAACUUUCUAUCAUUUUAAGAGAGGUAGAAACCAAACUUAGAGACAAUCAGAAAGAGAUGGAGGUCCUGAAGUCACAAGUUCAAGGCAAGAAGGUAGCAUUUGGAGCAUCUAUAAGUGAAGGUGGAAAUAUUGGACCUUUUAAUACCUACACCACACUGAUCUACAAAAAGGUCUUCUUCAACUCAGGAUCAUACAACCCGACAACAGGUGUUUUUACUGCUCCUGUCAAAGGCGUCUAUUACUUCAGCUUCUCUGGAUAUAAUCAAUCAAUUAAACCAAUGGGCCUGCAACUGAUAAAGAAUGGAGAGCAGAUGGUUUCUGUCUACAACCAUGUUGCUGGAAAUCGUUAUGAGACAGCAACCAAUGGGAUGACUCUGCAGCUUGAAGUUGGAGACCACGUUUACAUGAGACUGCGUGAAAACACCUGGAUUAAUGACGAUGAGAAUGAUCACAGUACCUUCAUUGGCCAUUUAUUAUUCCCUCUGUAAAGUUUCUGCAAAAUAAUAAAGCUGACAUACACAUGAAAUAGAUUUUAUGUCAGUGAUAAUAUUUAGUGGUGACACUUACUGAUGGGGACAGAAAUCAGGGUAUCAAUCGAAGUUGUGUGUGCUAUGUCUUAAAUGUGAGGUGAUCUGAUGUAUGUAAUAAAAAAAAUAUUACAAUGAUUGUCAUAUUUGACCAAUUAAAAUCUAAUAAAGCACAAAUUGUUUUCGAUGCAACAACC